GGGGUGGGCGCCAGUCGGACCCGGGGCGGACAAGGCUUGUGCGCGGAGGGGGCCGGGUCUCUGGGUGGCAAGAAUCGGAUCUUAGCAGGGAAGGUUGGAGUCUUGCCGUGCCCAAGUCGGAGAGGAUCUCCCUGGGUGGGCGAGAGGUUCUCACGCCUGUCUAGAAUGAGGGCGUCGCCAGGAGGGGGAACCGUGACCCAGGAGGCCUUAACCGUGAGCCAUCCUUUUAACUCUGUUUCGCCCCGUGGAAAAGUCCUCUCCGUCGCGGCGCGCGGAGUUGGCGAAGUGACAGCGAAGCUCGCCUGACCGCCUAGCCGAUGCGCGUGAUCCGCGUUCUGACGGAGAUCCGCGCGUUGCCAAAAGGCUCUUACAUUCAGCAAGAGCCCCGCCUGCAGCCCGGGCUAGCCGAGCUGCGGUCCUGCGCACGCUGACUUGGGGGCGCGUCCAGACUCGGAACUCAGUGGGACUUGCUUCUGCCUGAGAAAGCGCGCGUCGGGCUGGGCUCCGUCCCCGCCUUUCGGAGGGCGCGUGGAGCAACUCAGCGCGCUCCUACCCUCAGUUCGCUAACGUCCUGCAUCGACCUUCGGAGCAGCGGCGGGACGCUCGCCGUGUCUCAGGGGCCAACAGCGGCUGUUCAGCUGAGCGCCGCGAUUCCUCCUUCGCAUUGACAAGAGCGAUCGAGGAUCACGCGUUGGAAUCCGGCCGAGCGGGCUCGGCGUCCAGGGCAGCGGCUUUGCAGUCGCGCGGAGUAGGAGCUGUUUCGUCCCGAGGCCCCGAACAACUCGAGCCGCUAGCCCCAACGCUGCCACACGGAGCUCCCUGGAGCGGCUGGAGAUCAGGCCCGGCAGCGAUCAGGCGGCGGGCGAGUGCGCCUGGGAGAGUCGCCCCAGACCGGGCGCAGGCCUGCCUGCCUGCCUGCCUGCCUUCCAGACGGGCGCCUCGACUUCUGCUAGUCGCCUUUCACGGCUUUCAGCCCCUGGCAGAGGGGACUCGGUGGUCUUCUGUCGCGCUGAUGCUGCUUGGCCCUGGCCCUCCAAUACUGGCGCAGGCUUUGCCCCGCCUCGCCAACGCAACGCUUUCCCGAAACCAAAUGGAACCUACUCCGGCCACCUGCCUUCGUCCAAUGUGCGCCUUCCCAUGGUUUCAUUUCCGGGCAGGCUCCCACUCCUCCUUUCGGCAGAGCGCACGGCCCUCUUCGGUGUCGACUCGAGCUCCCUGUGCAGCUCCCGGUAAUUUGCCUCAGAUUUGUUCAAAAUUUCAUUUCUGCAACAGACAGGCGCACUGGAUGCUCCAGAUUCCCUGUAUCUUAUCUACUAAUAGCCAAGUGGCCCUGAUUUGUGGCUACUUAAAUCUGGGGACUGGAGCCAUGAAUGGACAAGACACAUCUUAUACACCUGAAAAAUGCUCCAGGUGGAUCUAUAGCUUUCUAGGCUUUGAGAUUUUCAGCCACUGACACAUCUAUUUAUGUGUAAGAAGAUCAACUAAUGGUGUCAGUACAUCACAGCAAACUGGUGUCUUCUUCAGGGCCAUUCAUUACCUCAGCUUCUGUUCGAUUAGAUAGCCCUGCAGAUGCACUCGAGCCUGAUAUGCCACCAUUAAACCUGCUGGAGGAUUGUAAUGGAGAACAAGCAUCAGAUCCAGCAAUUCUUUCCAACCUUCCCUGCCCAUUGGAGAUGGAUGUUGCACAAUCUAAGGUAAAGAAGGAAGUGGAAAAACCCGAGAGCACCAUCUAUGAGGCCCAUCUCAAGCUACCUGAUUUUUACACAGAACUCUCGAGAGAUUUCAUCCCAACCCUGGAGGAGAUUGAGGAGUUCCUGAAUGAGAAGACAGCCCCUCUUAAGGAUGAGCUGAAUGACAAGCAGCAAGCAGGAGGACAGCUUGAGAUAAAAUCGGAGAUCAAUUUGAGCAGCCCUGAGAAUCAGUAUACCUCUAGAAGUCCUCUAGAUGAAGACCUUUCAAGCUGUGCUGCAGCUGGUGUGGAAGCUGAGGGUACAAGCAUUCCUGAAACAAUGGGAAAUAUUCCUGUUGUUCUUCAGAUCCAGCCAUUUCAUGCAAGUGAAAGUAGUUCAUCAAUUCAGGGCCCUACUGGGGAUAUCAAAGUGGCUCAACUGGUCAUCAAAAUGCAAGGCCAGAGUGUGACCAUUCUUCCUCAGGUUAUCCAGAGACCUAGGAUAGGAAGAGACCAGAAGUAUGUACGAAUAGCCCCUUUGCCUGUGGCACUGAGGCCGGGGGUCAUUGGAAGCACAAGGAACAUGGAAGCCAAGAUCCCCAAAACCUCUUCUUCAGUCAUCCGAGUCCACAAGUGCACACAUCCUGGCUGCACCAAGAUGUACACCAAAAGCUCUCAUCUGAAGGCGCACUUCCGACGCCACACUGGAGAAAAGCCAUAUACCUGUACGUGGCCUGACUGUGGCUGGCGGUUUUCUCGUUCGGAUGAACUCUCUCGCCACAAGCGUUCCCAUUCUGGACUGAAGCCUUACCAGUGCCAAGUUUGUGAGAAGAAAUUUGCCCGCAGUGACCACUUAUCCAAACAUAUGAAGAUCCACAAAGCGUCAUUUAGUUCAGGAAGCCAGACAGGUCAGGGUUAUGGUAACAGUUAAGCCUGCCUUCAUUACCUUGCUAAUGGGAAAAUUCCAGGCAAGAUAAAUGGGAGUAUAAAAGACAGUAUUUCUUCGGAAAAGGAGGAAAUAUGACACUGAUGGUGGAAAAUCUAUGGAAAGCCCAAAGCCUACCUCUAACAAGAACGUGACUUACUAUCAGGGCUUGCCUCCAAAUAAAGUCUCCAGUUCUGGUGAACACUUGUAAAAUUUGUAAUUACGUUUGAAGGACAUAUUUGACAAUUAAGCAUGCUGAUGUAGGGUGGAUGAGAGACUGUUUUGAAUUUUGGAAUGUUGAUUUUGGAAGCAUUUCUAAUGCUCCUGCCAUAGUGGACAACAGGGGUACUUUCAUGGAUGGGAAAUGUAUUUUAUAGCAUUUCUUUCACAACAAACAUACAUUUGGGCGUUGAAUCUAGUACUGAAAUAAGCAUGACAAAAUCAGAAGACCAUCAAGCAAAUGUUUGCUAAAAAUUGACACAUGCAGGACUCAAAAUCUUACCACCAGAAAGAAUUUUCAUAGAAUUCAGUGCCAUUUGCUCUGACUUUAAUAGUUUGUAUUUGCGGAAACAGUUGACUUUGGAUAACUGUGAAUUUCAUUUUGGCUCCUACUGCCAACAUUUAAAUGCUUAUUCUCUGGUUCAUGAACUAAAGGCUGCUGUGUCUCAGAAUGGUAGCCAUGAUGAAACUCAGGUUUCUGUUUUUGGAUGGAGCAAAGUGUAAACUCUUUAGAAAAUUGUACAAUAAGGCAAGGGUGUCUUCAGCCUGCUUCAUUUUAUAAAGGUUGGAAUGGCACAGCCCUUAGGAUUCUGAACACUGCCUCAAGCGGUCACAGCUCUGAGCCAAUUUCUGUUUUUCUUUUCUAGGCUAUAAAUAAUGAAGAGAUACAAUUGUUAUUGAUUAUAAAAGUAGGAAGCAGGUCUUUUAAAAAAGAAUUCCUUUUAGAAAUAACUGGUCAGCUUUGGUAAACUAUUCUUUAUGGUCUCAGCAUACCCCUACGUUUGGUUUCUGCCCGCGUAGAAGUAGCACUUUCUAGAAGGGUCUAGCCCAGGAAAAAAUGCUUAGAUCCCCCCCCCCUCUCCAAGUGUUGCCUCCCUGCAUGUGUUCACAGGUGUAGGGGCAAGUGCCCUCUCUCACUAUUUUCUGACUGCUGUUUUAGCUCAGAAUAUCCUCUCCUCAUGGAUUAUUUUCCUCAUGCUUCAGCACCUCCCUCUUCUCACCUUUUAGCCAGUUCUCAAAUUUUUGUUUAUAGCAAGUAAGUUUGGUCAUUGUUUACUCAAUUGUUCCUUAUUCCUCCUCUUUUUAAAGGAAAGCUCAUUUUGAUCAUUGCUAUCCUGCUGUUAUUUUUUUCUGUAGCUUUCAUAGGAGAUCUGUGGGCUUAUUUUGUUUCUCCUCUCAUUUUUAUCCUCAUAAUAAAUUUUCAAGUGACCUUA